CUUCAGAGUUCAGAGCAAAAUACAUCAUUAUUUUAAAGCUUUCCCUCCCUCUGUGAUCUCUGUUGAGUGCUAUUAUAAGUAUAGUACUAUAAAUGACAAUCUACGUACGAUCCAUCUUUAGUUUUCUUGUUCUGGGUUCUUCCGGAUAUUAGGUAGUAAGGUAUAUAUGUACCUUUCUUCUCCUUGGGAUUUUCGCAACUAACACACUCCCUUUUCUUGUUCCUCAUCUUUUGAGCAUCCCCCAAAUGAUUAGUGAUCUCUCUAAGUUAGACAGCGUCCAAACUUUUUAUCCUAUAUAUCUAGCUACUACCUCCACAUGCAGCCACUACCAAGUCAUCCACUUCCAACCCUCUGAUCUGCUUCUCUGAUCUCUGGAAGUGAUCUCUCCCUCUCUCUCUCUCUCUCUCUCUCAUGGCUGAGAUUGAUUAUCUAUCAGAACCAAAUACUUCCAUCACCAUGCCUCUUAAGCUCUUUGGCUUCAAAAUCCAGAACGUUUCAGAAGAAAACGACUCAGAUUCAAGCAAAACCCCAUCUGGGUUACAUGAAUCAGAAGCUUUCCAAUCUACCGAAGGCCGAAAAUUCGAGUGUCAAUACUGCUGCCGCGAGUUCGCCAACUCACAAGCAUUGGGAGGCCAUCAAAACGCCCACAAGAAAGAAAGACAGCUACUAAAGCGCGCACAAAUGCAAGCCAGUCGAAACCAGCUGGGUGCUGCUUCACACCUACGGCAAACCCCGAUAAUAUCAGCCUUCACGCCACCAUCACACUUCCUUGGUCCGGCAGUGGGGGCGCCGCCACAGUCCCCCUCGUGGUUUCUCAUGUCUCAUGCAGGUGCAGCCACUCCUUUCACCCUGCCAAGCGGUGGCGUGUAUCAUUCCGGGGCUACGACCUCGGUGCCCGGAAGCCGUGUCUAUGCCGCUGGGGGAGUUGGGGAGCCUAUGAUGACAGUUUUCUCCCAUGGGGUUGGGAACCAUGCCGGAAUUAUGCCGGGGGGGAGGUUUGCCAGAGAUGGUGGAGGUUCGCACUUUGACAAAGGUUUGGGCCUGGACUUGCAACUUGGCCUUGGGCCUAGAGGGCCAUAAGUUGGUCUUGAGUCAAGCCCAUAUUGAUUCUUAAGGGAAAUUUGUGGAGUUAGAAUCCUUGGGCAUGUCAAUUUCCAAUUUUCCAACUUUCAAAGAGUGAGACAAUUUCAUGUACAUUUUUCCAAAAAAUAUAUAUAUAAUGAAAUAAAAAAAAAUCCAAAAUUAUAUACCA